AUGGAAACCACUUUCAAGUUCCUUAUUUCCAUAAUCUUCAUUACUCUUGUUAUCAAAGAAUCAUGUAGCUGUGAAUUGAACAGCCUUCAAAUUGUCCAAGAAAACACUGGGGCACUAGAACAAGGCAAACCUGUAUGGAAGGUAUCAGUUAUCAACAAUUGUGAUUGUGGACAAAGCCAAAUAUUUUUGUCUUGUAAAGGGUUUCAAAGUGUUGUACAAAUUGAUCCAUUAGUUCUUAAAGUGCAAGGUGAUAAUUGUCUCUUAUUCAAUGGUCAUCUCUUGAGUUAUAAAGAUAUAGAUUCAUUUGAAUAUGCAUGGGAUACAUCAUUUACUUUUGCUCCUGUAAGUGCUGUUACAAGUCCUCCUCCAUGCCAUAGCCCAAAGUGA